AUGAACAGAUUGCUGUGGAUAAUACUUGUGAUCCUCUCGUGGUAUGGAUCAGCUCUACUUAUAAUCGCAGCGUGGAACGCCUUCAUUAUGAACCCUAUCAGUUUUGGCGUGGAGACCACAUACAUAGAGUGGGAGACUAAGCUGCCUGCAGUAGCGAUAUGCGAAGCCAGUAACAAGUUCAUGAUCUACAACGUUUCUGAUACAAUCUGGUCGCCGGAGCACCUAUUGGACCUGGAAGACGCUUUAAAAGACGUUGCUUACUUUCGUGGCUCAUGCUAUCGACUCUUAGACGUCUGUUACAAGAACAACAAUCCUGAUCCCAUCUGUAGAACUUCCAACUACAGUUAUUACGCUCAGCUGGUGCGAAGUGGCUGUGGACAAAUGCUCGGGAAUUGCUCAUAUAAUGGUCAAAACUUCGACUGCUGCAAAUACUUUCAGCCGAUACAAACCGAUAUCGGCACCUGCUUCAUCAUAAAUUCUAUACAGACCAAG